CAUUUCUACCGGAUUACGUUUGCUGAACAUUUACAAACUUCCGGUAGAAUAUUUCCUCGCUAAAAUUCUGGAGUGAUAACCAAGCAACAAGAACAACGCAAUCAUGUAUGGAAUGAAAGUAAAAAAGCAUAAGGUGAAGAAACACAAGCACCACAGGAGAGACUCUAGCUCCAGCAGUAGUAGCUCAAGCUCAAGUUCAGAUGAUGACCAUUAUAAGAAAGAGAUGAAGAAGCAGAAGAAGCUACAGAAGAAGCAGAUGAAACUCAUGAAGAAACAUGGAGGUGUUUUGCCACCAGGUGUUCAGCCCAUAGUUGUUCCAGGACAGCAUCCUGGUGGUUACCCUGUAGGUGCCUCAGCCUACCCCACUGCAUCUUACCCUGGUGUUCCACCCCCUGGUGCCCCUCCCGCAGGAUCAUACCCCAUGGGUCAGCAGGCAUAUCCAGGGGGAGCACCUCCUCCAGCUAAUUACGCCCCAGGGCCAGGUUAUCCUCAACAAGCUCCAGGUACUGCACCUCCAUUUACUGCUCCUGGUCAACCCCCUGCAGCUGGCUACCCAUACUCUGGUCCACCACAAGCUCCUUACCCCCAGCAGCCAGGAUACAGACCUCCAUAUUGAAGCAUCCCAGUAACACUGAGCAGAGACAAUGCAAUAUAUCUUCCAUGCAACAUAAACCACAUACAAAUAUGCAAUACAUAUAUGACUCAGCUUAAAGGCUCCAAUUAUGCUCACAAACCAAUGAGAGAAUGAUUAUGCUCCCAUAUUGUAUUUAACAUUGUGCUCUCUCUGAAGAAUAUUUCAUAUUGCAUGAUACUCAUUCACCCAAUCAUCCUAAAUAGACAGUCACGCAGUAAAAGAGCCAUUUGGUAAAAACUUUGGAGCAUAGACUGUUUCAAAAUGAUAACUUGUACCAGGACACAC